AUGUUUCAAUGGUACCAGCGGAGUUUAGUCCAGCGUCCUCUGUUGACGCAAAGCUUGACGACUGCGUGUCUCUUCGCUGUCGGAGACAGCCUCGCCCAACAAGCCGUGGAGAAAAGGGGUAUCGCUCAGCAUGAUGUGAUCCGUACAGGACGAAUGGCUCUUUACGGUGGUGCUGUUUUCGGUCCCCUGGCUACAAAAUGGUUCCAGGUCUUGCAGAGGCGCAUCAAUCUGCCCUCCGCACAACGGACUGUCCUUGGCCGCGUCGCAGCCGACCAGUUACUAUUUGCUCCCACCAUGAUCGGAGUUUUCCUGUCCAGCAUGUCCGUCUUGGAGGGCGGAAGUCCCAGUGAGAAGCUGGAGAGAUCGUACUGGCCAGCGCUGAAAGCGAACUGGACGGUGUGGCCCUUCCUGCAGCUGGUGAACUUUGCGCUUGUGCCGCUGCAGUACCGGGUGCUGACGGUCAAUGUUUUGAAUAUUGGAUGGAACUGCUUCUUGAGCUUGUUGAAUAAUGUUGGCCCGCAGGAUGUGCCGCUUGUUGCUUGA